GCAGACGACGCGGCAAGGCACUGCACAGCGCGGCAAGGCAAGACUAGGCAGUGUUGUGGUGGUGACGGUGGCCGGACCAGCUGGGUAAACCUUGAUUGUGAACCCCCACGUGACCACUGCACGCUAUGCCAAGGCCAACGUGACGCAAAUAACGGGCAGUGCCCGCCUUCACCAUCCCCCGUCAGCACACUCAGUCCCAGACAAACCUUGGGUCCCCACCUUCUGCAGCCCCUCACCAUGGACACGUGGCUGCGGACGUGCCUGCUGUUGUGCCUCUACGGGUUCUUCAAGGAGCUGCGUCCCUCGGAGCCCUUCCUGACGGAGUACUUGAAGCAGCCCCCGAUGAACCUGACUGAUGAUGAGCUGACAUAUGAGGUGUACCCUGUGUGGACCUACUCGUACCUGUCCCUGCUGGUGGGGGUGUUCCUGCUGACGGAUCUGCUGCGCUACAAGCCGGUCAUCGUGGCGGAGGGCAUCGGCUAUGUGAUCACCUGGUCACUGCUGCUGUGGGCACGAGGGGUGCCCGCCAUGCAGUUCAUGGAGUUCAUGUAUGGCAUUGCCACCUCCACAGAAGUCGCUUACUACACCUACAUCUACGCCAAGGUGGCUGGCAAGUUCUACCAACGGGUCACCAGCUACACCCGUGCUGCUAUUCUCACAGGCAGGUUCCUCUCUGCUGUGCUGAGUCAGGUACUGACUCACACUGGCGCCAUGAGUUACCACGACCUCAACUAUGUGUCGCUGGCCAGUGUGAGUGUGGCGUUCAUCCUUGCCUGCCUGCUGCCCUCUGUGUCCACCAGUGUCUAUUUCCACCGCCAGCAGUACUAUGUCCCCACCAGCGAGGGCAACAGCACCAUCCAGCUUAGCCCAGUGCACCAAGGGCAGGAUGGCAGUGGUGAUGGUGCUGGUGGUGGUGCUGUUGGUGGUGCUGGUACUGGUGAAUCGUGGAUGGCUAAGUUUAAAAAGGUGCUGACGCUGAUGAUGGACGACUUCAAAGUGGCCUACAGCAACAAGUACCUGCUGAAGUGGUCAGUGUGGUGGGCCUUCGCCACCUGUGGGAACUUUCAGGUGGGGAACUACAUCCAGCCACUGUGGGAGCAGGUGCUGCCCGUGGAGAAGGGGGAAACGUUGUACAAUGGUGCUGUGGAGGCUACCCAGACCCUGCUGAGUGCUCUGUCAGCCUUCGGAGUGGGGUACGUGCACCUCAACUGGGAGCUGCUGGGGGAGGGGACGCUGGCGGUGAUCUCCAUUCUGGACGGGGUGUUGCUGGUGGUGAUGGGCCUCAGCUACAACAUCAUAGUUUCCUACAGCAAUUACAUCGUCUUCCGGGUCUCCUACCAAGUCCUCAUCACCAUCGCCAGCUACCAGGUGGCCAAGAACCUGCGGGAGGACAGCUAUGGCCUGGUGUUUGGGAUCAAUAUGUUCAUGUCACUACUGCUGCAGUCGCUCCUCACGCUGAUUGUGGUACAGGUGUUGCAGCUGUCGCCACACACUCAGUUCAUCGUGUAUGGUGUGUACUUCCUGGUACUGGCAUUACUAUUCCUGACACUCUCCAUACAAUCCCUGAGUCGCAUGGGGUGUGCUGGGAUACGGGAGGCUGGCAUGUGGGAGCAGCAGCCCAUCACACACCCUCAGGAGGCGCCACUGGGGUGUGUUGAGUCUGUCUGAGUGUGUGAGAGUACAGGUCAUAUUCUGAAACACUUCUGCACAACACCUCCACUACAUUCAAAAGGCUCUGUAUAGUUGAAGUUACAUGAGUUUUUAAUGAUGUAUUUAUGGUUCUAGUGACAGAUUUACAAUAUUUCUAUGUUAUUAAAAGGAGAAACAAUAUUGAGAACCUGGCUAAUCAUCUCUGUUGCCUUUGAAAUAGUCAUGGUGAGGUUACAAUGGUUUUUAGUGGUUUUUAUUGUUCUUGUGACAGAUUGAUAACAUUCUACAUUAUUGGCAGGAAAGACACUCUUGAGAACCGGGUUAAUCAUCUCUGUGGCCUUUGAAACUAGUUGUGGUGAGAGAGCGAGGUGUUUCAGAAUACAGGCUGUUGUGUUGUGUGUAUGUUGAUGCACUUAUGGACUCAAGUAAUCAGGGAAAACAUAGAUAGGCUGGGAUGCAAUCCUGGCCUUAUGUAAACUGCUUUCCUAUCCAUGCAUUUAUCACCAGAAUUACUCAAUGAUUGUUGGACUCUGUUUGAUGGGAGCAUUGCUAAUCACAGGAUCUGAAUGGAUACAGGAAGACACAUGAGCUAAGUACUGUAGGUAUUAGUGAACACAAUUUUAAGACGUACAUAAAUUUUAACAAUGAUCUGCUAUUCCAUGUAGUAGUGUUGUUGUGGAGGGAAGGUGGUGAUCAUGUUAUAGCUCCUGUUACCUGUUAAACGUGGAUGGAUUAAGAAAAUAUUAGCUUAUCCAUUGCUGUAUAUCAAUAAUUGUUAUUUGUUAUGCAUAUACUGUUUAUUUACUUUUUUUUUCCAUAAUUUACUUGUGAUUAUGAAA